GAGUAUUCAGAUAGUCAAAACAACUUUAGAGUUUAGAGUGUAGAUAUUGUUGACCUUAUUACUUGUAAAUUAAGCUUUUGUUUUUUCAAUUCAUUAUCUGUUUUAAACAUUUUAAAAAUAUAAAUAGGUAGAAGAUAAAUUAAAGUAAAUUUUGAAUAAAUUAGUAUCAUUAACGUUUGGAACUAAUUUUCCUUAGUAAUUCUUAUCUUCCGGAGGCAAACUGGAACAGUUCAUACUUUAUGUCUGUCUUUAAAUUCACAUCCAGUAAAAUACUGAUUAUUAACGAAGAUAGGCGGCUAGUUUGCUACUUAAUUAAUAAAUGAAAUUCCCACGAACGAGAACUUCGAUGUUUGUUCUUAGUUGAAUAACAGUGUUUCUAAGUUUUUACUUCUAUUCAAAAUAUUAACUGAGAAAAUGGUUGAAGCAAGUAAAUUCUGGUUUGAAAAAUCAUGCAGUGAUUCCGAUUGUCACACUUUGAUUCAUCCCUGGACACGGACUUGCUCCAAUGCAACUUCCUCUAUGUUAAUGAGUUGUAUAAAGGGCAGUUAUAAGUUUUAUGCUAUGGUGUACAUUAUUCAAAUACUUAUGAGGGGAAAGAAAUUAAGUAAAGAGGAUAUAUUGGAGCAAUUUAAGCUUUAUUUAAAAUCUGGAAUUUUUGGUCUUACUGUUGGUAGUUCAUUUGUAACUUUAAAUUGUAUAUUUAGGAAACUCUUCUUCAGUCAAUUUACAUACUACACAACAGUUCUCCUACCAUGUACCAUAAGUGGAGCUGCAGUCUAUUUUGAACCACCAUACAGAAGGGUUAUGGUUGCAAAUCUUUUUGUCAAUCUGGUUUUUGAAUACUGGAUACGCACACUAGAGAUGAAAGGCUGGCUUCGGCGCUCAGCUAGCCGGGAGACACUUAUAUUCAUGCUGGGUAGUUCUCUCUUCUUCUAUCUUAUGCGUUUAGACAGAGAUAAUAAAAAGAGGACGCCUUUAUUCUGGUUUUUCACUCCACCACGAGUAUCUAAAGAGGUUGGCGAACCAAUAGACGGUAUUAAAGGAAGGAGUGACGCCUGUCCACAUAAGGGACCAUGUGUGAACUAUAUUUUGAAGGGUGCAGCGCAACUGUUCGGAGUAGGCUGUGCCAUGUCAAUGCUUCGCACCAUCAUUCCAAGAAUAUUGACGCCGGCUAAAGCUCUAAAGUCCUUAAAGCUGUCGCAUUUAAAACUUGGUGUUUUCUUCGGUGGUUAUAUUGGAAUUUAUAGGCUGAUAGUAUGUCUGUUAUGCCGCUCAACGGGCCGAGACAGCGCGUUACACGCAGUACCAGCGGGCUUCCUGGCAGGCGCCGCACUUAGGGCUUCGCCCUCGCUACCUAUAGCGCUCGCGCCUCUCACGUCUUCUCUACAGAUUCUAGGUUCAUGGGGCUACCAAAAGGGUCUCAUACCAGAGCAGUGGCCUUUAGUAGAACUAGUCUACUGCAUAUGCCAGGGUAUACUCUUCCACGCCAGGGUAAUGCAUGAAGACGCCUGUCCACGAUACAUCAUCAAUCUGAUGCAUACAGUUACUUCUAAUAAAGCGGAUGAAAUCCAAGGUGCUUUUAUCCAGAAAAUAUUAGCGCAUGGCGGUGGCAUGUAAAGAAUAAGAUGAAGGUAGCGUGAUAACUUGUGAAUUGAGUGUUAUAAUGAGCAUCACAUUACGGGUUUCAAUGUAUUGAAAAAUCAAAGAAUAGUCCAAUAAAACAUACAUUUCUAUAGUUUUGACAAGUAAACUUAAAAUUAUACGAAUCAGUCACGAUUUUCUAAACAGAAAUGGAUUGUCAAAUGAAUUCAAAAAAUCUGACAGUUUUAAGACCUGUUUGUUUUGCUUAGCAAAUGUAAACAAAGAUAUUUGUUUUCACUUGUAUUGUUACCAAUAUAGAAAUAUUGAAAUUUACUUAAACUAUUGAAAUAAUUAUUUAAUAAUAUACAAGUUUGGAAUGCAAGCGUGGCAAAGGACGCAUUUGACCAAUUAUGGCCAAUGCCACAAAA